AUGUCAGGUGCGUACAUGUUUGACGUGGUUUGUUACUGUAGCUGUGUCGGACUCACCGAGCUGACAGUCUUCGCAUCAGGCUCCGCAGGUUAUGAUCGACAUAUCACCAUCUUCUCAGACCAAGGGCGAUUAUAUCAAGUUGAAUAUGCCUUCAAAGCAAUCACUGCAGCCAAUAUCACAUCAGUCGGAGUCAGGGGGAAGACAUGCGCUGUUGUGCUGUCACAAAAAAAGGUGCCGGACAAAUUGAUUGAUCCCUCUUCGGUCUCGCAUGUCUUCAAGAUCUCUCCCUCAGUCGGAUGCGUCAUGACCGGCUCAAUAGCCGAUGCUCGAGCCUCUGUCGACCGAGCCCGAGGUGAAGCUGCGGAAUUCAGAUACAGAAACGGGUAUGAAAUGCCGUGCGAUGUCCUUGCAAAACGAUUGGCAAACAUCAAUCAAGUCUAUACUCAGCGGGCUUACAUGCGGCCAUUGGGCGUAGCGACGACACUGGUCUCUGUGGACGACGAAUAUGGACCCCAACUUUAUAAAUGUGAUCCUGCAGGCUAUUAUGUCGGCUACAAAGCCACGGCGUCUGGACCUAAGCAACAAGAGGCACUCAAUCAUCUAGAGAAGAAGCUGAAGAACAAGGAUUGCGCUCCCGGCAGCUGGGAAGAAGUGGUUGAGCUAGGGAUCAGCACUCUCAGCACCGUGUUGAGUGUUGACUUCAAGAAGGGCGAAUUGGAGAUUGGCAUCGUGGGUGGACCGAAGGCUGAUGGGACUGAGGGCACCGAUAAUGAGUUCAGGACCUUGACAGAAGACGAAGUCGAGGAACGUCUUCAGGCUAUUGCGGAGCGAGAUUGA